ACAAAAAUUCCAGCUGAUAGACCCCGGGAGUCAUACAUAUUGUAUCUUGUUGACAGAUUUGACAGAUGAUUGACCAUCUGACUCAAGGAAUUAUAUAUUUAUCAUUUACUUUAUCAAAGAAAUAAUUGUGUGUUUAUCAAUAAACUUUUUAAAUACUUAUUAAAAAUUUUUUCAAACUUUAGUGAGACUUACAAGAAUAAAAUAAAAUUAUGGUUAUUUACGGUGUUUACAUCGUAUCAAAAUCAGGUGGAUUGAUUUUUAAUCACGAUCAUAACGUACCAAAAAUUGAAAAUGAACAAACUUUUUCAUACCCAUUAGAUUUAAAACUAGCGUAUGAGAAUAAAAAAGUUGUUGUGGCAUUUGGUCAACGAGAUGGAAUUAACGUGGGACACGUUUUGAUGUCAGUAAAUGGCAGCUCUGUAGCAGGAAGAGAGCUCGAAGAUGGUCGAGAUGUUUUUGAUUUAUUUGAACAACCAGAAAAUUUUCCAUUAACAUUGAAAUUCGGUCGAGCCAAAAUGACAACGAAUGAAAAAAUUUUUUUGGCAUCAAUGUUUUAUCCAUUGUUCGCGAUAGCAAGUCAAUUAAGCCCAGAGCCUCGUUGUUCUGGCAUUGAAAUAUUAGAAGCAGACACAUUUAGACUCUAUUGUUUUCAAACAUUGACUGGUGUUAAAUUUAUGGUAGUUGCCGAGCCAUCUCAACUAGGUAUGGAAAUUCUAACAAAACGUGUCUAUGAGCUUUACGCGGAUUACGCAUUGAAAAAUCCUUUUUAUUCCUUGGAUAUGCCAAUUAGAUGUGAAUUAUUUGAAACAAAUUUAAUUACUUUGUUAGAUACUGUGGAAAAAUCAGGUAUAAGCAACGUAUAAUAACAGUAUUGAUAAUAAUUUUAAUUGAUAUUUUGUAAGUAAUGUAUAUACUUGAAUUAUUAGUAUGAUUACAACUACAAAUAUAUUUAACUGAUA